AUGUUAAAACGAAGAACUGGAAUUCCCGGCAUUGACCCUAAACUUUUGUCGACUUGGAUAGGUGCUUAUCGUAUCAUUGAAUUAUGUAUUCCUCAUGCAAUUAUUGUCAGCUUGGAAGACCCGAGAAAGCAUCCAAUCAGAGUUCACCUUAAUCAGGUCAAGCGGUAUAAUCCGCCGACUAGUCCACUGUUUUCCAAUCAGGCCGAUCUCAACGAUUUGGCCACGCCCAACCAACAAAAUGUCCCAAUGCCAGGACACAAUCAUCAGAUCACCCCCGGUUACCAGAUGCUACACGGCAACCCUGACCCUAUUAAACCAACUCAUUCUUACGAGUUGCAACCUCGCAGGACGGCUGGCCCGUGA